AUGGAAGAACAAGAAGUUAAAGUUAAAAGAAAAAGCAGAUUGGCCGUAUUCGAGCAUGUUGUGAAAAGGGAGAGAAGUAAGAAGAGAAAAUAUGAUUUUAGAUUGAACGGUGAAGAUUCUUCUCCAUCGGAAUCUGAGUUAGUUAUCGAUGAUGAAAAAGAACCGGUAAAAAGAAGAAAAAAGCCCCCGAUUAAACUAACCGAGGAACCCCUUUCGUUAGAAUGCAAAUGGGACGAUUGCACCGAAGUUUACACCUCUUGGGAAAAAUAUAACGACCAUCUCAAGACUCACUCUACAGAACCAUUAGAGGAUUUGUCUUGUAAGUGGAAGAAUUGCGAUGAAAGUUUGCACAACCAAGCCCUCUUAAUACAACACGUUGGUUAUCACGGUUACGUCGCGAAAUUAAAGAAUUUAGGCGAUAAUAUAGCGACUAGGAAUAAAUUACCGCCCUGCAAGGAAUCCCACAACACUUUAAUUCCACUACAACCUAUAGGAUAUGAAUGCGAAUGGGAGUACUGCUCGUCAAUAACUCACACUAUGUUCGAUUUCUUGAAUCAUAUGAGAGUCCACGUGAAGAAUAACCCUUCAACUGCCACGGAUAAGGAGCCUAUAGAUUGUUGUUGGAGAGGUUGUGCUACAAAAUAUUCAACACAAAUGAAACUGGCCGAUCAUUUGAAAGUCCACACUAAGGAAAAGAUGGUGGGUUGUCCCACUUGCAGCAGACUAUUUGCUAAUACCACUAAAUUUUGCGAUCACAGAAAGAGGCAAUUGUCCUUAGAAUUACAAAGCUACCAAUGUUCCCGGUGCCUGAAGCUGUUUCCCAGCGAACGUCUCCUUCGAGACCACAUGAGACUGCACGUGAACCAUUACAAAUGCAACAUGUGCGACAUGACUUGUCUCAAACCCUCUCUAUUGGCCAAGCACAUUCGUUUUAGGCACAUUAAAUACAAACCCUACAAGUGCCCGGAAUGCGAGAAAACAUUCGUAGAAAAAUGCAAUUUAGACACUCACAUUAGGACUCACAAGAAAGAAGCCCCAUUUGCAUGUUGCGUGUGCGAUUUUCAGUGUCGCUCGCAAGUCGCUUUGGAGACACAUUACGUGAAAAAGCACGAUUCUGUAGGAGCCAUAUACGAAUGCCACUGUUGCAAGAAGAAAUUGAAAAGAGGACGGUACUUGACGAGGCACUUGAUGAAACGGCACAAUUUCCACUACCCCUCGGGACACUCCAGGUUUCGGUAUCAAAAAGAAGAAGACGGGAUUUACAGGCUCGAAACUGUUCGUUACGAAAGCUUGGAAGUUACACAGGAGAUGAUCAGAAGCGAAUCCAUGCAAAAUAGCAUAUCGAAACAAAUACCUACUUGUAAUCUCAAUUACAACGAGAACGACAAAACAGAGUAUGUCUUGUCUUUAUCGGUUUCUGAUGGUGGAAAUCUGAUUACGGGGCAAAAAGUCCCGGAUAAUAAUAUAGUUAUAACUAUAAACGAUUUGGACGAGGAGGGUAACAUCUUGAAGAGCGAAGAGUUGGAAUCGACUAUAAAACCUGCGAAUGAAGUGCCAUCUUAUGGAAAAAUAAUCGAAAUUGGCCAGGUGGCUAAUAAUGAAAGAAAGCAGAAAAGUGAGAAUAAUGUCGAAAUUAAACCGACUAUAUUAGAUUAUGAAUUUUUCAAACAUAAAUAA